AUGCUUUAUAAGUCUUCCUAUUAUUCUGACCUGAAACCUUUGGAUAGAAAUCUUCAAUAACAACCUAAAACUCAAUUUUUACCUGAAAUCCAAAUGUAUCAAUAAUUUAAAUCCCUCUAAAAUAUUCCUCACACUAGUAGAGCAACUGAUUCAUUAUUGUCUGCCAGAAAUAGUCUUAUUGAUUAAAUACAAGAACCUCAAACAUCAAGAUCUUAAUAUCAUUCAAUUAUCAAGAAUAAGAAAUUCUCCUUAAAUCCAGAAUAAAAAAAUGAAAAAAAAGGACUAUUAGUCAAAUUUGAAGAUUUGGGAACCUAAAUCAAUUAACCUAAAAGUAUAUUAAAAAGAAAAAAUUCAAAUAGUAGUCAACAUUCAGAUGUUUUAGAUUUUUUUGAAUUAGUAGAAGAAUAACCAUUACCUAUACGAAAUAAAAAACAUAUUAUUCUUGAACCUUUAUAAUCUACACCUUCUCCAUAAAUGGCUAAUGCUAUCUCACCUAAAAGAGUCUCCUUUAAUAAAUAAAUCUAAAUUAAAUUAAUUAGUGAUGAUUAUAUUGAUUCUAAUGAAAAAAGAGUUUAAAGUAGACACUUUCUUAGAAGAUAGAUGACAGACUUCAUAAAUUGA